UAUAGAUAUACAUAGAUAUAUAUACCACAUCUAAGUAUGUAUAUAUUUAUUUAGUCACGUGUUUUACUCCAGUCCCUUCCAAAAUAUCGUGGUUGGAAUAUCAUGAAUUUGAUCUCAGCUUAUGUAUAUCUUUUAUUAAUCAUCUUUAUAAACCAUGCUUAUUCAGCACGACCACUUACACCUUAUCAAAGAAGUUUCACACCAGCUAGAAAUAUCAGUUGUGCACAAUGUGAAAUGAAAGUAGAAGUGGAUAAAUCAAAAACUUUUGUAGAAACUGAUAUGUAUCGUCGUAGAUGUUUAGAUGAGCCGGAACUAUUCUUUAAACCAUGUAUUGUGAAUGAUAAGAAUACACCACGUGGAUGUGCUAAACUUACCACCUACUUAAAAGAACCCGUUGGUAAAGGUCGAAUUAAAGAAGUCACAUUGAUGAAACGUUUCUGUGCUACCGAAGGUGCUGAGCCCGAAGAAAUUAAAUGUGUUGAUCAUCCUUCAGAAGGCGGCAAUUCAGAAUUAUGUAUUUGUGGUACGGAUAAUUGUAAUUCUGCUCCACAAUUAUUGAAAUUGUCAUUAUCAUCACCUAUUUUUUCUCUCACAAUAUCAACCAUUUACAUGAUAUUUAUGAAAAUCAACUAAUUAAUAUCAUUAUUAGUCAACUUUGUAAGUAGUAUAUACAUAUUGUUGAGAAACAGAGAUAUUUUUAGUCAGAUGUGUUAACCGAUGGGGCGAAAUGCAUCACGUUAGUUUACUAUGUAAAUGUGUGAAAACACAUGCAGACGUACACAAACACCUAUAUAAGUGCACGCCUACAAAAUUGUGCAUUUCCCUAAUUGGUAGCCAUAAUUCAUUUGUCAUUCUAUUCGCCUUUUUAAACUUACAUACAAUUAGGAUGGUUAUUACUACUAUUAUUGUCAAUAAUAUUGUAUGUUGUGAUGAUUGCUUUCUAUCGUGUUGUCCAUUAGUAUCAUAUACAUAUAAGUACAAUUUAGUUUUUACAUAAAUUCUACUGUUGUCAUUAUUAAUUAUAAAUGUACAACAGCAUUAUAUAAUAUAUAUAUAGUAAUAUUUACCAUA